AUGAGCCAGCCGGUCACCGCCUCCACGUACGUCCGCAGCCUGCGUUACGGGCUGCUGAGACGGCUGGCCGACCUCCUCGACCCGCAGGAGGGCUGGAAGCGGCUGGCCGCGGCCAUCACCGACCAGGCCGGAGAGAGCAGAUACAGCCAGGCGCACAUCAGGAGAUUUGAAGCAUUUGUGCAAAUGGGAAAGAGUCCCACAUGUGAAUUGCUUUAUGACUGGGGAACAACAAAUUGUACAGUUGGUGACCUUGUGGAUCUGCUGAUUAGGAACCAGUUUCUGGCACCAGCAAGUCUUUUGCUUCCAGAAGCUGUCGGGAUGGCACAAGAAGUUACAUUACCUCUUUCUUCACAGGAAACUUUGCCUGUACAUGAGAAGCAACAGCCUAUACAGGAAAAAGAAGUAACAUCUGUAAAGCCUGUUUUGUCUCAGAAUACAGAGAAGCAACCUUCAGUCCCUCCAUGUUUAAGUCAAGAAAACAGCAACGCGCAGUCUAGUAACACAGAUUUCCACAAUUUUCGCUUUCACGACUUGGAAAGUGUUACAAAUAAUUUUGAUGAACGACCAGAAUCAGCUGGAGGAAAUAAGCUGGGGGAAGGUGGCUUUGGCAUUGUGUUCAAAGGCUACAUCAAUGGCAGAAAUGUGGCUGUCAAGAAACUUGCUGCUGUGGUUGAUGUGAGUGCACAGGAUUUGAAACAGCAAUUUGAUCAAGAAAUAGAAAUUAUGGCAAAGUGUAAACAUGAAAAUCUAGUAGAAUUGCUUGGUUUCUCAAGUGAUGGUGCUCAGCCCUGUUUGGUGUAUGAAUACAUGCCCAAUGGUUCGCUGCUUGACAGACUUGCUUGUCUGGAUGGCACUCCACCAAUUUCUUGGAAUACAAGGUGUGAAAUUGCUCAAGGUACUGCCAGUGGCAUCAACUUUUUGCAUGACAAUAAUCAUAUUCACAGAGACAUUAAAAGUGCAAAUAUCUUAUUGACUGAGACGUACGUGCCCAAAAUUUCCGACUUUGGACUUGCAAGAGCAUCAGUAACGUUCACGCGAACCAUCAUGACAGACAGAGUUGUGGGAACAGCAGCCUAUAUGGCACCUGAAGCUCUGCGAGGAGAAAUAACUCCUAAAUCUGAUAUCUUCAGCUUUGGGGUAGUCUUACUAGAAGUAAUAACAGGUUUGCCACCAGUAGAUGAAAACCGGGAGCCACAGUUACUGUUAAGUAUCAAGGAUGAAAUUGAGGAUGAGGAGGCGGCAAUAGAGGAUUAUGUUGAUGUAAAGAUGAGUGACUGGGAUGCAGCUUCAGUUCAUAAGAUGUAUUCACUUGCUGAUCAGUGUCUGAAUGAGAAAAAAAACAGGAGGCCAAACAUUCAGAUGGUCCAGCAGUAUUUACAAGAGAUAAAAACGUGACAUGCAUUUCUGAUACACCUGUUGUCUAAAUGGAGUGCAGACCAGGAGCAAGUAGAGAAUUGUAUUAGCACUUACUGUGACAUGAUCAGCCUUUCUGCUUCCCAGAACUUUCUGGUCCACAUAUGAGACAUGCAGGUGGCUUGUCACCGCACUAUUUUUUAUUCUUUUAUUUCUUUUUACUAACUGGGCACCUUUUCAUACAUCUAUAGCCACAGGACCUUCAACAUGAGAAAGCCUUUUUUCUUUUCUUUUGGUAUAAACAAACUGCCUUGCUGAUACAGCCUCUAAUAGGUUUUUAAGCACAUUUCUGUAUUACCAUCUCUCUGACUUCUCCUUGCCACGUAUCAAGUAUCUUCAGCAAAGCAAUGUGGUAGUAACAAGGUGGAUGUUUUUCUGCUAUUUUUUUUUUCUUGAGAAGACCUCCUAGACCUUUCUUUACUGAACACAAAAAUGUUUAGUAGACGUAAAUGGCACUUGUGUUAUCUUGUUGGCAGAAGGCAAUAGCAGUACCCACAUUUAAACAAACUUAGCAUUUUAGCUUGAGAGUUCAUAUUAGUGUGAACAAACCGGUGACACCCAUGAAUGUGACUGUUUUUUAGAAAGCCUUCUCAGGGUUUGUUUCAUUCAAAUAAGUGCUGCAGAACACCUGUUAGGUUUCAAGGUUUUGCAGGCAGAGCAAUUACAUCACAGUGCAAAUGCAGAAAUGUGUGGCCUUCUUCUGGUGAGCUCUGCUGGUGAACCUUUUAAUCAUUGUUCAUAGGAAGACUUACAGUUACUUCUUUUAUGUGUCAGGAGAAGAGUCCAUGUGAGACAUUGCAAAUAUUGAUGGUUUAUUUUGUUAAAGGAGUCAAAUGUUAGGACUAAUUCUGCAUUCUCCUUAGUCAAAUCGUUAAGCUCUUACAUGUAUGUAUAUUAAUGAAGUAUAAAAAUACACAAAAUUACUGCAGAAAGCUUUUCGUGUUUGGGGGUUUUUGUUUUUGUUUGGGUGGUUUCUGUUUGUAUGGCUUUAUUUAAAGAUUGACAUAUCAAAGCCGUUUCAAAAUUGAAUGAAGUGAAUAAGAUUCUAGAUACUUUGGACCAGCAGACUACUGCUCAGCUACUCAGUGAGAGAGGUUGUUUUCACAUAAUGUAUUUUCUGGACCUCAAAUGCUGGAAGGAGAAAAAAAAAACUGCUGGAAAUGAGAAUAAAAUCUGUUUAAGUAAUUCUUUAAACAACUCUUCUUGCUGUUACUUGAAGGUUUCUUACUAGAUUUUUUUUCUGUUUCUUACUGCUGAAGGGCUAAAAUACAUCCAUGUUGUUGCCGAUGUAUAUAUAUGAAGGGCAACAGUUCUCUCCUUGGCAAUAGCCAGAGAUGCUAGGAAGUGUGCUGUGGGUCACAGGGGUCUGCACAGCCACAAGUGGUUGGGACAUGAGCCAGUAGUGGCUGCUGAGGGACAGGUGACUGUGACAGACAGUGUGCAGGCAGUGCUGCUUCAGUGGAGCAUUAUGGUUUUGUGGGUUGCAGCUCAUUAACUUUUUGAGAAAGAUUCAAGGUCUUCAUUGCUUGUUACACCUCUAUCAGAUUUAUCUCUUCUUUGUCCAGUUUCUUUUGAGCCUACACAAUUUUCAUCAGCCACUGUAUUUCUUAUUUGUAUGGAAAUGUGAAGAAUCAUCUCAUCUUUGUAUUUGGGCUGAGUUGCCUUUUGGUCAGUGGAUGAAACACAAAUAAGUCCGUGAUAUUCAUGCUCACACAGCACUGAGCUUCCUCUUCUGUUGUUCCUGUUAGAAAAGUAGCUGGGUUGUUUUGUUUUCUUUUUUUUUUCGUAUUACCUUUGCAUUAAAAGUCUUGUCUCGAUUCCUAAUUCAAAGAAUCUGAAACUUUCCUUCUCUCACCACCCAAUUGCCACAUUGUGCACUUCCCCAUGGGGAUACGUCAAAAGAAAAAGCUAAAACACUGAAUGUUCUCUGAGGGCAAUAGAAAGAUGAGAAGCAAACUACUGUUACUUAUACAUCAUGAUGUUCACCUCUAGAUCUUUGUUAGAGACAAAACACAAAAUGAUUUAAACACCAACUAAAGCAUCAAUCUUUAUUUAUAAAGUAGAUUACAAAAUAGAUAAUUUCAACACCUGAAGGUGUUUUUCAUUGAAUACACAGACACAGUAAAUCAAAAGUUUCCUUUAUCAUUGUGUUUAUCUGUAUGAUAGAGCAAUUAUUACUUUGAUUAGUUUUACAAACCCCUGACAGGAGGUUUAUUAGAUCAAUUUCUCCCUACUUGGCAACAUAAACAUUUCAAAAAUAAUUACUUGUCACAUUAAUUAGCAGCUAUUAAAUAGCUUAUGAAUUAAGUGCAAGCAGCUGCAUUGCUUUGGGGCAUUUAUGAAGGCCAACAACAAUUCUGAAUGGACACAUUCAAUUAAGAAAUGACCAGAGUUUACAGAGUAACUUUUCUUAAUGCCCUCACUUUGUGCUGGCUCUGACUAUUCUUUAACAAUAGCAGUGUUAUGUGAGGCAACUAUGCAGAUGUAAACAUGAUAGAUCUUUCUGUAAGAAAGAUGCUUAUUGCUUUGUCAGGAGAAAAGCUACAAGGGGCCAAGAGAGGCAGCUGGCAGUGCAAGACUUCAUAUAAUUUAAAGAGAACUGUUAGCAGGCUUUCUCUUUUAUGGAAAAAGGAGAGGGGAAUACACUCAGGACAUCACUCUGCUGGCUGGCUGUACGACAGCAUGAAAUAUUUUGAAGUAAGUAGAAUAAUUGUCUGCUUUGGGUUGAACUGUACAGCAGCUCAUUAGAAACUCGUUCGUGUAAUCACUUAACCAGCUCUGGCCAUCCUCCAGAUUAAGCUUUCUACUUCCUACCCUCGCUAACCCAGGGCAGGAUUAAGGGAUGAAAAAAACAACCCCACAACCUGCAUAUGACCAUAUCAGGCCAAACUGUUCCUUAUUCAAAAUAUUUCAUGUUAAAAAGCUAAGCUCAAAUGAGGGUAAAAAUGUAUGUGCACUUCUUAUGGGUGAGAUGCAGACAGGACUAUUAAAUUCAAACAAAAAGCCCUCUCAAAGUCAUUUUUGAACUGCUACAGUCACAUGUUUACCUUAUUAAAAAAAAAAAAAAGGAAUUU